UACUAAAAAAAAAAAAAUAUACCAAUAGGUGGUUUUUUUCUAGGUUAUUUAGUAAUGGAUUUUCGUAUUUUCUUUGAAUACCAAUUUUGUAAAAACAAGGAAAAAUUUACAUUAGAUUUUUUUUAUGGUUAUUUAAUUUAAAAUAGUUCAUAAACAGAAAUAAGUCAUCCAAAAGUAUUAUUAUUAGUGGUUAUUAAUACUUGUUGACAAUUAUGUGGACGACAAAAACUUUUUUAACUAAAACAAAACGCGGCAAUAUUUUAAAGAUUGUUAGAGAGCACUAUUUGAGAGAUGACUUGCUGUGUGGGUCUGCUGCAUGUAAUGUGUGCCCACACAAAGAUGAUGAAUAUGUUCUGGACCCAAAACCAGAAUCCAUAUGUGCAUUAUUUGACUAUCCUCACUACUUAGUACUUGAUACAAAUGUGGUUCUCCAUCAAAUAGAUGUGUUGGAAGAAGAUGCACUUACAAAUGUUAUUAUACUGCAAACAGUUUUAGAGGAGGUAAAGCAUCAGAAUACAGCAAUAUUCCAGAGGAUUUUAGAUGUAAUUGGCAACAAAAAAAGAAAGUUUUAUUCUUUUGUUAAUGAACAUCAUAAAGAUACAUAUGUAGAGAGGAAUCCAGGAGAGAAACAAAAUGAUAGAAAUGAUAGAGCAAUACGGAAGGCUGCCAGUUGGUAUGAAACACAUUUAUCCAUUAACAAUGUUAAGGGACAGCAUCCAAAAAUUGUACUGAUUACUGAUGAUGAGAAGAAUAGAAAGAUGGCACAAGAAGAGGGAAUCACAUGUUGUUCAGUAAAAGAUUAUGUUGAGAAUGUGAAUGGCUUUGUCGGCCUUGUUGAUAAACUAUCCAAGAAUGUGAUCCCAGAAAGCUGUUCAAAAGAUGCUUUGUAUCCAGCACAUCUAACACCUGCAGAGAUUCACAGUGGAAUUCGAAAUGGGAAGCUUCACCAAGGCACCUUUCAUGCAUCAAGGGAUAAUUUUCUAGAAGGAACUGCCACUGUAAAUGGUUAUGAGAAAUCGAUCUUACUACAAGGACAUAUUGGUAUCAAUCGAGCAGUGGAUGGUGACCUCGUAGCCAUUGAAGUAUUCCCCGAGGAAGAAUGGAGGAAGCCCAGUGACAUUGUUUUAGAAGAUAAAGCUGAUGAUCCAGGAGAUUUACUUGAGGAGGAAUCUGUACUUCUAAAUGCAGUAAAACCGGCUGACAAUAAAAAUGAAAUAACCCCAACAGGAAAAGUAGUCGGUAUAAUUAGGCGAAAAUGGAGACAAUAUUGCGGUAUAUUACUACCCAGCAAGUUCCCAGGCGCGACACGUCACCUUUUCACACCGGCUGAGAAACGCAUCCCGCGUGUUCGUAUUGAAACUCGACAGAGCGAUAUGCUCGCGUCGCAGCGUAUUCUUGUCGCGUUGGACUCCUGGCCUCGGAACAGUCGAUACCCGCUCGGGCAUUUCGUGCGAGCGCUCGGCCCUAUUGGUGAUAAAGAUGCUGAAAACGAGGUAAUAUUGCUGGAACAUGAUGUGCCGCAUGCGAGAUUCAGCGAAGCAGUGCUCGCGUGUCUACCACCUAAUGAUUGGACUAUACCACCAGAGGAGAUAAAGAAACGCGUAGACCUCCGGUCGAUAUGCAUAUGCUCGGUAGACCCGCCGGGUUGUACGGACAUAGACGACGCGUUGCACGCUCGGCCGACGGCGACGGCGGGCGUGUACGAGGUGGGCGUGCACAUCGCGGACGUGACGCACUUCGUGCGGCCCGCCACCGCGCUCGACAAGGAGGCCGCCUCCCGCUCCACCACCGUCUACUUGGUGGACAAGAGGAUCGACAUGGUGCCAGAUCUGCUCAGUUCCAACUUGUGUUCUCUGCGCGGUGGAGAAGAGAGGUUAGCAUUCUCUUGUGUGUGGGAAAUAGAUGAGAACGCCAAUAUAUUGUCGACCAAGUUUCAUAAGAGUGUUAUCAAGUCCGCUGCUGCGAUGACCUAUGAGGAGGCUCAGAUAGCGAUCGACGACUCGUCCCGCAACGAUGAGAUCGCUCGCUCGCUGCGUACGCUCAACAAGUUGGCCAAGAAGCUCAAGAAGAAACGGCUCGACAAUGGCGCACUAUUGCUUGCCUCGCCGGAGAUACGUUUUCAGGUGGACUCGGAGACCCACGAGCCUCUGGAGGUGCAGGCGAAGAAGAUAAUGGACACUAACUCGAUGGUGGAGGAGUUCAUGUUGUUGGCUAACGUGAGCGUGGCGCAGCGUCUCGCCGAGGACUUCCCGCAGUGUGCACUACUGCGGCGACAUCCAUCACCACCGCCUGCUAACUUUGAACACUUCUUACUUGCUGCACGGCAACAGGGAUUCGAAAUAGACGUAUCGACGAAUAAAUCUUUCUCGAAGUCCUUGGACGAGGCGGUAAUCCCGGGGCGGCCUUACUUUAACAUCCUACUCCGUAUUAUGGCGACCCGUUGCAUGAUGCAAGCGGUCUAUUUUUCCAGCGGCAACCACACGCAAGAAGAAUACUAUCACUAUGGAUUGGCCUGUCCUAUUUACACGCACUUUACAUCGCCUAUUAGAAGAUACGCGGACGUGCUAGUACAUCGCCUGCUGGCGGCUAGCAUAGGUGCUGACGUCACGCACGCCGAGUUACUUGACGUUCGCUACGCUGCAGCACUCUGCGACAACCUCAAUUACCGCCAUCGGCAGGCACAGUACGCCGGCCGCGCCUCCGUAGCUCUCAACACACACAUCCUGUUCAAAUAUAGAGUGGAAAUAGAGUCUGCCGUGGUAUUGGCAGUCAAACGGAACGCGCUUCAAGUCCUUAUACCCAAAUACGGACUAGAAGGGCCGCUGUACCUACCUUCCGAUAUGUUCACUUAUAAUGAAGAGAAUCACAUGCAAAUAUGUGGGGACGUCACAUUGAAAACGUUCGACGAAUUAACCGUGCGACUUAGCCUCGACAGCACUAAUUUGCAACAUCGCAAGCUGGUGUUCCAGCUUGUGAAACCGUUUGUCCCGGGAUUUAGUUACGUACCAGAGGAACAAAAAGAAAAGAAGCCAGAACAGAUGGAAGUUGAUAAAGAACAAGAGAACUUGAAAAAGCGGAAAGAUACGGCACAGAGUAAAGGCAGCAAAAAGAAGUCCAAGAAGAAAUAGCAUACUAUAUGUAUGAUUAAAUUGAUUUUUAUGUAUCAAUUU